AUGCAGACACGUAACAAGCCAUACACAGGUGGGCAGUCCUCUCGAUGGCCCAAGAGCAAGACGCAGACGGCUGCGCUGAUCGAGCGUCCCCCAUCGCCAUCCGUCGGCCCGCUGGUUGAAACAUGGACAUUAGACAGCCUGAGGGGUCUCGCAAAGAUAUCGAACACAACUAUCGCCAAGUGCGAGUCCAUUGCAUCUUUCAACUGGCUUGACAAGAAAGAUCCAACCAUUGUUGUACCAGGAGGCCCUCCAGUCUGGACUCCAUUGUCCGAGCCCGUGCAGCUACAAGAAGACUCAGGAGAUUAUCUACGUGAUCCAAACGGAGCUCGCUAUCCCACCAACCCACUGGACCCAGCAGUGUGGGCGCUGCUCGUACAAAAGUCAUCCUUUCAGACUUCCGAGGUCGACAUCUUUGCUUGUGGAAGCACGCUCGGCAACUUGUUGCGGUUCGUGCGCAAAGUUGAUAAGCCCUUCCGAUUCACGAUCCAGAAAGUCGGUAAUACCGUCUUCUUCGUCCGACGAGAGAACAAGCAUGAUGAGCGGAUCAUCGGUGUCCGCGGAUAUGGGCACAGCUUCCCAGAGGCGUACACGAAGUGGUCGUCCGAAGUCAAAGGCUCUGCAUCCCAUCAGCGUUUGAUCAAAUAUGACUUUGAUGGUUUAGCCUGCGUGGUGAGGUUUGAGGGCGAUGGCUACCUUCCUGACUUAGCGUCAGCUGACGAGCAUGAUGAAACGUCACCACUGACUAUACCGGAGCUGGCGAGACUUUCCAUGCAGCUAGGUGGACGACCCGUCCCACAAGAAGCCAUCUUCGACCUGAAGACCAGAUCAGUAAGGAGAAUCCUCAACGACGUGCUGGGCGAAGAACUUCCCCGAUUGUGGCUCACGCAGAUACCAAAUUUCAUCUUAGCCUUCCACGACCGCGGCACCUUCCACGACAUCCGAGUCCAAGAUGUCCGUAAAGAAGUCCAGAAUUGGGAGAAGCAAAACCAGGGCAUGCUGCAGCAAUUCGCCGCGCUCCUGCGGAAGCUCGUCGAUCAUGUCAUGGACUCACCAGACGGCAGAUGCGAAGUCAGAUGUAAGCGAAUCGGCAUACUCGAGAUCCGUACCCAGCUCGACGAUGCACCGGUCGGCUUGUCCAAGGAGCUCCAUGAAGUGUGGACACGAGGGCCCUGGUCGCCACCCACCUCAGACGACGAGUGCGUAGGUGGCGGUGCGGUCGCAAGCACUUCAGACAACGAUUCCGCAGACGACGGCGUUGCUGUCGACAUCGCUUCAUUCUCCGAUGACGAAUCUGCAGACUUCACGGCCUGCUCGCCUGCAUGCGGAUAUUGUGGGAAGUGCUGA